AUGACAUUACUAAUCGUGUGUGAAAGCAGGACGCCGCUACUGGCCACUGUGGGCGCAGUCUCACUGACUGCAAUACACUACACUGCAUGUCCAAGCAGCCACUCAGCUGUGGCCGGGACUGUUUUUUGGUGGACGAUGAGCUCCACUGCUCUGGACAAGAUGCUGUGGUCCUUUCUCCAGUUCUGCAUUUUAUUCAUGUCAGUCAUUAAUGGCGUUUUUACCGCUCCAGAGAGGGGACUUUGGACUAUUACAGUUGUCAACACAUCAAGGCCAUUGUUAUUAAAAAAGUCCAUGUACAAAGACACUGACAUCCAGUUAAAAGUCUCUUCCUUCAACUGUCCCGCAGAGGUCUCGUUCGUUAUUAGGUGGUAUUUAAAGUUCUACCCUUGUCACAAUGAAUUCAGUAACAUAGAGGAAAUGUAUGACAGGACACCACUAAGCAGAGGAAAUGGACUAGACCCCAAUCCUCUUGCAGCAGGAGAGUACAUCGAACACAAGUACAGAAUGUUAACCUGCAACAACGGCAUCCAGUUUUUCCCCAUGUUAAAUAAAUCCCAAGCAGAGCCCAGGACAGUGGAACCACAGCGAAUGGAUUUAUUUAAUGAUGCCAAUUACACCAGGUGGCUUACAGCAGAAGCUGAAGUUAAACCAGGUAAAAAGGAUCAUGUCAUUGCUACAACAUGGAGAGAUGGACCAUAUCUGCUUGUGGUAUUGAUCGAGACUGAGAAAAAGGACGGCAACUGGAAUUUAACCUUCACUGUGAUCAUGAAAGGAGAUCAUGGUUACAUCUCGGUCACAGAAUGGCCUCUUAUGAUCUUCUACAUGGUGAUGUGCAUUGUCUACAUCCUGUAUGCUCUGCUCUGGUUCAUCUGGGCUUCUUGCUACUGGAAAGACCUGCUGCGUAUCCAGUUCUGGAUAGCUGGUGUGAUCUUCUUGGGCAUGAUAGAAAUGGCAGUUUUCUGUGCCGAGUAUGAGAAUGCUAAUGCUGUUGGCUCAGCAACUCAAGGCUUGCUGAUUUUCGCUGAACUCGUGUCCGCUCUGAAGAGAACACUAGCACGACUCUUGGUCAUCAUUGUCAGUUUGGGUUAUGGUAUAGUCAAGCCUCGCUUGGGGACGGUUAUGCACAGAGUCGUGGGUCUGGGGGUCCUCUACUUUGCCUUUGCUGCCAUUGAGGGCAUUUUGAGGAUUACUGGGGGCUGGGACAGUGUGCCAUCUCUGCUCACUGCCAUUGUACUGACUGUGUUUGACUCCUGCAUCAUUUGGUUCAUAUUUGUUAGUCUUGCACAAACCAUAAAGACACUGAAACUCAGGAGAAACCCAGUGAAGUUGUCAUUGUACAGACACUUCACCAAUACGCUCAUCUUUGCUGUAAUUGCCUCUGUCAUUUUCAUGAUAUGGACGACAAAGAAAUUCCGAUUAGCAGACUGCCAGGCUCAGGACUGGAUGGAGCUCUGGGUAGAUGAUGCCUUCUGGAGGUUUCUGUUCUCUAUAAUACUGCUGGUCAUCAUGUUUCUCUGGAGACCAUCUGCAAAUAACCAAAGAUAUGCAUUCACACCGUUAAUUGAUGAUUCAGAUGAUGAAGAGAUUGAAGAGUUCUUGGUGUCUGCAAAUAUUGCUGACGGCAUAAAACUAAGAGCUGCUAAGACUGAGACUAACGGAACAAUGAAACCCCUUGCUCCGAAUAUGGAUGAAGACUUGAAGUGGGUGGAAGACAACAUUCCUUCCUCUUUAACAGACGUUGCUCUGCCUGUGCUUCUCGACUCGGAUGAGGAAAUCAUGACGACAAAAUAUGAGAUGUCAAAAAUGCAGUGAAAGCACAAAUGUAUGGCCUCCUUCAGAGACCAAAGGGGCUGCUGCUGCUGUGCUCCCACUACCGGUACAACAUCCAUACUAGUGAGAGUAGGAUUUAAACCAGACAAGACAAGAGACAGAGACUGGUGAAGAGUUUAGUGAUGGGUCUGAAGAGAAGAGGAGUUCUGCUUCACAGGAGUAUCCUGACUCACCUCAACAGUCCUGUCUGUAUUCAUGCUUUUUAUAUCUAAUGUAAAAGAUUACAGAUUUUUGUUUCUCCCCCAAGAGGUACAAAUUCUCAUUCACACAUUUUAUAAACAUUCCAUUUAACAAUGUCACACAACCCAUCAAUCCAAACAGAAACUAUUUUUCAGUUUUUUUGCUACUUUGCGCCAGCUUGGGUUUCGAAAGGUGUUUUUUCAGGAUUUUUUUUUCCCCAAAAGGACAUGAGAUUGAAUGACCAAAGAUGGUUUAUUUAGUCUUUAUUAGAGAAAAAAAUGAAUCUGAAAUUCUGUUUCUUGUUAUUUAUGUUUCAUGGUGGUCAAACCAUUCUGCUUCUGAAAAUACAUUUGUGUUAAGCAGAAUCUUCUGCUUCAUGUGUAAAUAUACAGAUGUCCUGAACAGUUGGGUGAUGGGUAAAAUCAAACACUAAGCUAUAAACUCCUUUCUGAAUGUUGACUACUGAACUGAGCUGGAUUCGUUUAACAGGAAGCAAAAUGUGCAUCUCGCAUCGAAGAGCAAUAUGCAGUUAAUAUUCCUCCUUUGCCUUCUGCAUUUUUUUAAAAUUAUUUUUAAUUCAUGUUUUUUUUCUCACUGUUUCUCUUAUUUAAGCCUUAAAAACACUACAAAUAAACAGAUGAUUUGAGAAUAAUUGGUCUGGUAGAAUCACACAUUUUCCCUAUUUUUUUCUGCUUAAUGUUGAGAUUUCUGAGAAAAGCACAGUUUGCCAUGCAGAGAUGCAGUAAUUAAUCCACAGGAUACUGUUGUGAUUUAAAGGCAUACAGUUAGAAUCUAUCGUAGCGUCCUUGUGUGUUCAUCUUGUUCUCGUCAAUGACAAAACGCAUCCAUUUAAAUUUGGAGUGAUUUUUAUUUAUUUAUUUUUUUUGCCAUGUGAAUGCAGUGGUUAGACUGAUUCUGUGCAAUAUUUUGGUCUUUUUUUUUUCUACUUGAGGAUUUUCUAUCUUCUCUUGGAAUUUUGCUGUAGAAUCUCUGGAUUCUUCCGUUUCAGAUUUGUCAUUUUGUCCAUUGCGUCGAUUUUGGUCAUGCAUGUUUUCCAUGUUUAUGAUGGUUUGCUUCAAAUGUAA